AUGGCUUCUGCUCAGGACGUCUUAAUCUCCCUCCCAGUGGAUAAUCUCAUCGACAUUAUUUCCUGCCUCGAUCCCGUUUCUCUCAUCGCCCUUUCUCAAACCUCCAAGGGCCUUCGCGACUUUAUCAACCCUCUUGAACAUGACUUUCAACAGCGCCUACUCGCUCUCGAACCUCUUCCCAAGAAUGGUGGCCCGGAGCCGGACGACUACCCAGGCUACCCAUUUCGGCACCCGAGAUUUCGUCUUUUACACGAGGCCAUACCACAGAUGACAAACCGUGGCCGGGACUGGUGGGCUAGCAGCAGAUACGCUUGUUUCGGUUGCAGGAAGCUUCUCUCGAAUGCCAUGUUUGAUGACAGUGAGUUGUUCAACACAGCCACAAGGAAACCUUGGAUGAGAAGUUCCGAAGUGCAGAAGAUGGCCCUCACAGAUUGGAAACUUGCAACCACGACAGAGAGCAGGCUCUCAUCAAUUCAGAGGCGAGCGGAGCAAGACAGAGAACUCACCGAGCAGUACCGGCAGCAGUAUCAGACGUCCUUCGACUGGAUCAAAGCAGUGAACAGGGAACUGAAUGAUGACGAAGAUGUAGAGGAAGUUCGCAGGAAGUGCGAAAACGGCAUUGAAGAGACAAGCCCUCACAUCGUCGGCAAGGCUCGUCACGAACGGAGGUGCGUGGAGUGUAAGUUCCAGCGCCACCUCUACCGUGACCGCCCUGCCCAUCAGCUUUUAUGUGGCAACACCGAUGCCCCAAUCAUUUUCUCCCGAAAGGACGUGGGUUUGGGGUUGGACUUCAACAGGCUGUUCCCCGGUCUCUUGCCAAAAGUAUUGGUACCACCCAAAUUGAAGCGGAUACUGGCUCAUUUGUGCUCCAUGCAAGAGUGGCACUCCGUUGAUGAGCCGCUGCAUCCUGAUAUCCUGAAGACGGAUUCUGAAGACGCGGAACCUGAAGACGUGGAAUCUGCAGCUGAACCUCAACAGCUUCCACUGCGGGUCAGAUGUCCAAGCUGUGAAAAAUGGCAACCAACUGUGGCAUUUGGAAUGAUUGUGUUGUGGCCGUUUCGCCAUUUCAGCCAGCUCAGGCUGGACCACCAAGGGUCACCUUUGUGUCAUUACUGUCACGUCAAAGCCCACGGCAAAGCUGCAACGGCAGCAAGAUUGUACCAACCGGCCGAGAAGAUUAUCGACACGGAAAUUUACCUGCAACUUGACCACCUUGCAGAAGGGUGGGAGCAAAACUUGGGCCUGAUACGCAAAGUAAUGGCGAAAACAGACCUAGAGGGGACAUGGAACAAGCUGGUUACGCUCCAUGAUGAUUUAGAUAGCGAUGAGCUCAGGCGGGCUCUAGACUGGAGUGCUCUGGGACCCUCUCCCACUAUCAAUCUCAAAGACAGAAUUGAGUUCAAACACAUUCACACCCUGUCAUUGCGCAAGCGCUUGGCUCGGGAUAGCCUGGUCCCAUUUUGGGACAGGAUCAACGGAUUGGGUACGGCUGAAACUAUUUUCGGGCUGCAUUUCUUUCUGGAACAAUGGGAUGGUUACACCCCCGCCAUGUCAUCAUAA